AUGAGACCAGAGUAUGAUGUUGUGAUUAUAGGAUCUGGCUAUGGUGCUGGAGUAGCAGCAAGUCGAAUGGCGCGGGCAGGGAAGAGCGUCGCAGUGCUAGAGCUUGGCUGGGAAAGAAGAUCCGGUUCGUUUCCGCAUACGUUCUCUCAAUGUGUGCAAGACAUGGGCAUCUCGGGGAGUACUGCGAAGAACUCCUUCAUCUCUAGGUGGCUAAAGUGGCUGUCGUCUGGGGACCCCACGCGGCUUUUUCAAGUAUUUUUGGGCGAUGGACAGCAUUCGUUUGCUGCUCAUGGACUUGGAGGAUCUUCAUUGAUCAAUGCCGGAGUUUUCUUGAAAGCGGAUGAAGGCACACUGCAGAUGAGUCCAUGGCCGUCCGAAAUCAGGGAUGAGCCAUCUAUACUCGACGAAUACUACUCGCGCGCCGAAGCAAUGCUUCAACCUUCCACAUAUCCGGAGAAUUCAACCCCGAAUAAACUUCAGCAACUUUCAAAAGAGUGGAGAUGGCUCGGAGAGAAAGGGAAUUUUUAUCGAGUACCAUUGACCAUAUUUUUCCACAAUGGCCGCAACAGUGCAGGUGUCCCGAUGCAGGCAAAUAGACAAUCGGGCCACGAGUGCACUGGUCUCAACGACGGUUCGAAAAACUCGGUGGCGACAACUUAUCUUGCAGAUGCCUGGAAUUGGGGAGCUGAGAUAUUCUGCGGAUGUGAAGUCCAAUUUGUAGAAAAGACUGACCGAGGAGGCUACACUAUACACUUCGCCUGGCAUGGAAGUGGGAGGUCGGAGUUCACGGAUCAUUUCAAGGAACAGCUCUUUUGGGUCAAAGCAAAGGAAUUCUGUUUCCUUGGGGCUGGUGCUUUAGGAACUACUGGAGUCUUGCUUCGGUCAAAGCAGCACGGCCUCCAUAUGUCACCGCUCGUUGGAAGAAAUCUAUCUGGGAACGGUGACCUUUUGAUAUUUGGUUACAAUGGAGAUACCAAUAUCAACGGGAUCGCCCGUGAAUAUUCACGUGCUCCCCCUGGAACAACUGUCACUGCUGUUAUUGAUAAGCGAGUUGUUGAUCCCCCGGAAAAUCCCCUAUCUGGAUAUGUCAUCCAAGAUGGUUGUAUUCCCGAGACGUUCAACCCUGUAAUCCUAAUCAUGCUCACCCUGCAGACCAUCAAGAGCCAGGCGCUAUGCUGUCUUUGGAACCCUCGCCAAGAAGCCAGGAAGACCCUUGCCUCUCUUAAGUCUCUCCUAUUCGGUCCAUUUGCAUACAAUGGAGCUAUUCAGCGCACUUCAACCUAUCUUGUGAUGUCUCAUGACAGCAAUGAGAUAACAUUGACCUUGAAGGAUGAUCAACUGUACCUGCGGGGACCGGCAGAGGGACGAUCUGAGCAUUUCAAAUGGAUAAAGAAGAUGUUCAAGGAACUUUUUGCUCGCACAGGAGCAAGGAUGGGGUUUUCAUAUCCUUAUGGUCGUCACCAGGAGGAAGUCACAGUCCAUCUCCUUGGAGGAGCUAACAUGAGCAACGAUGGAACAGGGCAUGGGGGUGUAACAAAUCAUCGAGGGGAGGUCUUCAGUGGGCCUAACGAUGAAGUACACAAAGGCCUCAUCUGUUGUGAUGCAUCUGUCAUCCCGACAGCCCUAGGCGUGAACCCGUUGGCCACAAUAUCUGCCCUUUCCGAGCGGUCCGUCAGUUUGAUCGCUGAGAGGUCUGGAUUGUCAAUUGACCUCGAGACUGAAAACCAGCCCUUGAACGCCUACAGCAAGCCUAGUGUAUCAUGGGAUUGUCAAAACCACCAGAACAGUACCAAGAAAGCAUCCCAGUCCAUAGGAUGGCAAUUUACAGAGAUUAUGCAUGGUCACAUCCGCAUCGGAUCAGAGAUUGGAAGUUUUGCAGUUUCUGAAAGGGUAGGGAAGGGUGCCUCCUGCUCGAUGCGGAUGUUUCUUACAGUCGAAAUCUGCCGACGAGGAGGAACAUGCAACGGGACGAUUUCUUGUUACGCAUUAUCCAAAGCCACGCUCAAGAUUGUCGAUGGGACUGUUGACUUUUUCACGCCAAUACAAGAGAAUGCCGAAUCAUCAGCUAUUUCAUACCACCUGAAGCUCCUUUCGGUAGAGGGCAUGGAGUACCGCCUGGAAGGUCACAAGCUCAUCGACUCGAACAUAGCAUUCUCUGCCAGAAAGACCUGGGAAGCGACAACUACGGUGAACGUCCAUAUCACUCGACCGGAUGGGACAAAUGUUGGAGCAGGGGCCCUUCACAUCUCAUUACUAGACUUCAAAAAGCAGAUGAGAACGUUCCGGACGACACGAGACUUCCAGAUAAGUCUUAUCUUGACCUUGAUUGGCUUUUUGAUUUCUUUUAUGUACCAUAUCAGUCUCUUCUUCUUUCGCCCUUUCGUCCCUAUGCGCUUCCCUCGGGUCUCAAAGCAACCCAAUGACUCGAAACAACCACCUUCCACCUCAUGCAACAUCACUGCAAGCGAUGGUGUACAGGUUCACCUUGAUAUAUAUGAUCCAAUUCCUAUACAACAGACAGGCGAGCCAGGACCCAACUCCAACCAUUCCCCCGUCCUGCUUUUGCCCGGAGUUACCGGGAUCGGCGCGAUCCACAAUUUGUACUCACUCCCAUUCUUGCGCUGCAAUAUGGUUGAGUAUUUCACACGGCGUGGACACCGAUGCUACGCACUCACUCCUCGUUGGGGCUGUGAUCCCGCCGUUGCGCAGAAAAGCACUGUCUACGACUGCCGUCUUGACGUUGCUGCUGCAAUAGGAUACAUUCGCGACAAAGAGCCACAGAAGCCCUAUGUGAUAGCCCAUUGCCAAGGAUCAGUGGCUCUCUGCAUGGGACUGCUGGACGGAACAAUCCAGAGUAACCACCUUCUUGGUGUUACUGCCAACUCCGUCUUCAUGAACCAGGUCUUUGGGCAUUGGAACUCUCUUAAAGGGAGAACGACUCUGCUGAUCCAGUUUUACGAAUUACUGGCUGGGGAAUACUUCCCCAUUGUCAGCAGUGCUAAGAGCGUUCUUUUCCAACGAUUACUUGACGUCCUCCUCCGUUUCUAUCCUGUUGGACACACGCGUGACCUUUGCACGUCUACAGCGUGUCACCGGACAUCUUUUGCUUUUGGGUUACUGUGGAAUCACGAGAACCUUGAUAUGGGUCUUCAUGACAAUGUUGACCGAUUUUUUGCGGGGACCCAUACAAAGCUUAUGAAGCAAGUGGUUCGCAUGGGAACUCGGGGGAUCUGCAUGGAUAAUGGUUUAUGUCCUCUUCUGACAGCCGAGAAUUUGCAACGGCUGAAAGGGUUACCGAUUCUCUUUGUCUCGGGUACGGAGAAUCAAGUAUUCAACCCCGAGUCUACCCUUAAGGACUAUGAGUUAUUGCGACGACGAUUUGGCGAGAGACUCUAUCGCAGAUUUCUAGUCGAGGGGUACGGGCAUCUUGAUCCUAUUGUAGGGAAACAUGCGGCCGAUGAUGUAUAUUGGAGAAUCUUUGCCCAUUUGAGAUGGUGCACCGAAGAGAUGGAAAAUGAAAUGGGAGAGGGAUAA